GGAGGAUACCACAAAAUGGACCUUUCCGGUCCAAAUGCUCUGAACAGGUCGAUGCAAGGCCUCUGGUCGUCGCACAGGCGCAAAGUCAACCUUAACACCAUCCCUCCCCCACUUUCCACCAGCGCAUCACCCGCACCGACUCCAGUCAAUGAAGACGUAUUAGUCGCGACUGUACAACCCGGUGCAAACGGCGAUAUGGAAGUUGCUGUACCAGAAUCCUCGUCUGCCUUGUCGAAGCCGGCAGACGUUCAGCCUGCCUCGGAUGCUCCGCCAACGUCUAACAAGCGCAAGACACGUUCUUCACGGGCCGCUGGAGAUGAGAGCAAUAAGCGGACUAAGUUGAACUCGGGCUCGGUUGCUGGAAAGGACUACUCUCCGCCGUCCACAAGGCUUUCGGAUUUGGGUGGGAUAAGCGGCUGCGUAGAAAAAAUGCUGGAGCUGGUAGCAAUGCCGAUAUGUCAUCCAGAGGUAUACCUCUAUACUGGUGUGCAGCCGCCGCGCGGGGUGCUUCUACAUGGACCUCCGGGUUGCGGGAAGACCAUGCUAGCGCACGCUAUGGCAGGGGAACUUGGGGUUCCGUUCAUAAGCAUCUCGGCGCCGUCAAUCGUUUCUGGCAUGUCUGGUGAAUCGGAGAAGACGUUGCGGGACACAUUCGAGGAAGCCAAGCGUUUGGCACCUUGUUUAUUGUUUAUCGACGAGAUAGAUGCUAUAACGCCAAAGCGCGAGAGUGCACAAAGAGAGAUGGAGCGGCGGAUAGUUGCCCAGUUUCUCACUUGCAUGGACGAUAUGUCUUGGGACAAAACCGACAACAAACCUGUCAUGGUCGUCGGUGCCACGAAUCGCCCCGAUUCUCUGGAUGCCGCUCUGCGUCGCGCAGGCCGCUUUGAUCACGAAAUCGCGAUGGGUGUUCCGGACGAAGAAGCACGGGCACAGAUCCUACGCGUGCUCUGUGCAAAAUUGCGCCUCGAAGGCGCAUACGAUUUCAGUGCCUUAGCCAAAGCUACGCCAGGGUACGUGGGUGCUGAUCUUGCAGCACUGACAGGCGCAGCAGGCAUCAUCGCUGUGAAGCGCAUAUUCCAGGAGCUGUCCAACGGGACGUUGGUCAUUCCAGAUUCAGAGGCACCUGUCGUAGACAGCACGGUGGGUGACGGUAUGGUAAUCGAUGGGCCACCAGAAUCGCAAAAUGAUGUUACCACGUCUAAACCUCACGUCCCCUUCUCCUCCCUCCUCUCCGCCUCCCUCAGCUCCGCCGCCGCUUCUUCCAUCAUUCACUUCCUCCAGGCCCACCCAAACCCCCUCACCGAGGAGCAGCUCUCCCCCAUAUGCAUCACGCACGCUGACUUCCUGCAGGCGCUCAAGGAGGUGCAGCCUUCAUCGAAGCGCGAGGGCUUCGCGACAAUCCCGGACGUCACCUGGGCGGAGGUGGGUGCGCUGCACGGAAUCCGCGAGGAGCUACACAUGGCGAUCGUGCAGCCGAUUAAGAGGCCGGAACUGUUCAGGGCGGUGGGUAUCGAGGCGGGAUGCGGUGUGUUGAUGUGGGGCCCGCCGGGAUGCGGGAAGACGUUGCUCGCAAAGGCGGUCGCGAAUGAGAGCAGGGCGAAUUUCAUUAGUGUUAAAGGGCCGGAGCUGUUGAAUAAGUAUGUUGGAGAGAGCGAAAGAGCGGUCCGUCAGGUGUUCAGCCGGGCGCGGGCUUCUUCUCCUUGUGUCGUCUUCUUCGACGAGCUGGAUGCGCUAGUGCCGCGGCGUGACGAGGCUCUGUCGGAAUCGUCGGCUCGAGUCGUCAACACGCUGCUCACGGAGCUUGACGGCCUUGACUCCCGCAAAGGCGUCUACGUUCUUGCUGCCACCAAUCGACCGGAUAUGAUUGACCCCGCCAUGUGCCGUCCGGGUCGUCUCGACAAGCUCCUAUACGUUGAUUUGCCGUCAGCGGACGAGCGUGUAGAGAUUAUCAGGACUGUCACAAGGAAGGUGCCGCUGGGCAGCGAUUCCGUCCGCGGCGAGGUCGAGGAGAUCGUCAGGGAGCGCUGCGAAGGCUACAGCGGCGCAGACCUUGCCGCCAUUGUGCGUGAAGCCGGGGUGAUUGCACUGCGGCGCACCCUCGGGAAGCUCGAGGAGCUCGAACAGGGCCAGGAUCACGGUUUUUUGCAAGAGGGGAACGCACAGUUGUUGGUGGAGGUGUCCGAUUUCGUCCAAGCUGUGGACAAAAUUGGGCCCAGCGUUAGUACGGCCCAGCAAAGACGUUACGCUGCUCUGCGCAAUAGAUACGCGGGCCUGCCUGUGGCCGGAGGGUCGAAAGGGAAGGAUGAUAGCCUGCAACAGUAGCGGAUAUACUGCAUGCGUUGCGAGCCGGCUCCCCUGUGGUAGUACUAGUCGUACAGGUAGAGUUUACCAAUAAAGUUACUUAG